UCCGGUUUCCAUCGCCGUCGCCCCUCACCAGCAGCCGCCUGUUUUGCGCUUCAUUCGUCGUCCCUCGCUUUUUUUGUCCGUGGCUUCUCUCUCCUCGUCCGUCUCGCCUCUCCUGACGGCUCCGACACUCGCUUCCUCUCUGCUGCUGCUGCUGCUGCUCUGAUUUUCCCGUCCAUCUGCCAACGAUCCGACCCGCUCGUGGUACAGCCACAAGGCCAUCUUUGCCCUGUUCCGCCGAGGCGGCGCUUGCCAUUGUCUUUGUUCAACCACCGCGGCUUCGAUCUACUUCUGUUGCGAGCAAACACAAGUUUCUUUUUUUGACUAUCAAGAUCCUUCAUUGAGCCGGAAGUGGGUGGCUCCAGUACCCAGCUUGCUUUCCGGUUCUUGAUACUGUUUACAUCGGCAUCAUCUUUGCGUGUUGCUUGUGUUUUUGUUAUCAUUUUAUUUUCUCAAAAUCAACAGUCAUAUAUUUUGUCGACGAAAUGCGUCCUACUGCGACAUUGAUGCGCCUGGCCCUGUGCCUCUCCUCCGCUGCGCCGCUGGUAUCAGCCUGGCCCGGCUGGCUGCCCGAGCUGGACGCGCUCGUUGUCCGUGCGGACAAGGAGGGAAACACUGCGGAGCCCACGCUGCCGGGCAACACGGCCAAGCCGACCCCGACCGACGCGCCGGCAUCCUCCCAAACCGGCGACAGCUCUGACGACAAGACUACCAAGAAGGGCGCGAGCAAGACGACGGACAAGGAUGACAAAAAGACAACCUCCGCUAAGAAGGGAUCAAAAACGACGGAUCACAAGCAAUUCGACCCCGAGUCCCCUCCGGGAAGCGUCGUGAUGCAGACGCCCGGCAUCUUCGACCGAAGCGCCGCCCUGUACAAGAUUGGCGACUACAUCACCUGGGGAUGGAACUACACCAACCUGCUGGGGACCCCCACCGCCGUCGACGUCCUCAUAAGCUGCUCGACGGCCUCGGAGACCUGGACGCUGACCUCCAACAUGACGUUCAAGAAGUCUGUCGCAUACACCUGGGACAGCAGCGUCCAGGAGACGUCGGUCGAGUCGCCCCUCCCCGUCGCCAUGUACACGCUCAUCAUCAAGGACUCGGACGCGGCCAUCAGCGAUGUCCCGGAUGCCGGCUACCUGGGCACCUUUAGCAGCUUCACCUUUGGCCUCUACACGCCUCAGCCCUACGUGCCGUUCCCCGAAUGGAGGUGCGACGCUUGCAACGCGGCCCUGUCCAAGUUUGACCACCAGGUUCUGGGCUUUGCCAUAACCAUGGGACUGGUGACGGUGCUCAGCUUCACCUGGUUCGUGUCUGGCCUGGACCUCAACUGAUCAGGCCAGGACCUCGAGCCGAAUUCUGCCUGGACCUCGGACUGUAUCAGGCCACCUGCCGUUGCAAUAGUACCUGGUUCAGCUCUUUGCAUAUGAAGCUUUUGGAGAUGGGAGGAAAUUCAUUACAAGGCGAUAAUCACGGGUCAUUUCCAAAGGGGGGGGCGUUUUGUUCAUUCUGUUGGGAGUUUGUUUGCUUCACCUUGUUCUGGUCGUUUGAUUGCGCGUGUGCAUGCUUGGAUAAACAAGGGGGAGGAGCAUUAAAGUUACUUGGACGACUCUUUUCACGAUGGACCAAAUCAAAUGAAG